GCUCGACCGUCGGCAAGUAGUUCAACCAGACGAUAGAAUUAGUUUAUUUUGCAAGAGGCAAUGACCUGUCGGCUAUCUCCAAAUGACAUCAGCAGUAUUGGAACUCUUCGCUCCAAUUGUGCUCUCAGUGUUGUAAGAGAUUUUGAUAAUAAUGCCACGACCGAUCUUGUACUCGACGAUAGUCAGCCAGCCCUGUCGAGCUGUACUUCUUACAGCGGAUUCCAUUGGAUUGGAAUUAGAAGUUCGUGAGGUCAGCUUGAUGGCCCAAGACCAACUCAAGAACAGCUUCACAAAAAUAAAUCCUCAGCACACAGUUCCGACACUGGAUGACAAUGGUGAUAUCAUUUGGGACAGUCAUGCAAUCAUGAGUUAUUUGGUCGGGAAAUACGGGAAAAAUGAUGAUCUCUAUCCGAAAGACUUGACAAAGAGAGCACUUGUGGAUCAGCGAUUGCACUUUGACAGCGGAAUCCUCUUCGCUCUUCUGCGGCAGAUAUCGUACCCAAUAUUCUUCGAUAACGUGAAGACGGUACCAGAAGAAAAAAAUAAACUGGUGAAGGAGGGCUACGACUUCUUGAAUAUAUUUUUGGAAGGAAAAAAAUGGCUUGCCGGCGAUUCCUAUACUCUGGCCGACAUCAGUUGUGUCACCACCCUCACAAGUUUGGCUGUUUUGGUGCCCAUUGACUCAUACCCCAAUAUUGUCAGUUGGGUAAAAACCUGUGAGGACGAAAUCAAAGGAUACGCGAGACUCGGAGCCCCGGGAAAUACGGCGUUCCAUGAGAAGAUCCAGAGCCACUUACAAUCACCUGGACAGGACUAGAAAUACAAGUCAUACCGAUGGAAGAAACAGAAAGAUAAAUUUUCAACCUUUCACCGAUUGAAUGUUUCUUCCUGAUCUGUUUAACAGAACCGGUUCAAAACUCUUCGAACGUUCGAUAAAAAUCCAUUAGGAUUUGCCAACGAAA